AUGGUGUCGGUGAAGAUUUCUAUUCGUAUGGCUUCGAUGGUCGGUGCAUCUACUGCGGUUUGUUUUUCUCUGUUUUUGUACAUUGCUGCGGGUAAAAAGCGAGUUGUUUGGGAUCGGAAGCUGGAAAAGGGCGACAUCGUUGGUUGCUCAUUGGAUCUUAAUAUUCCGCAAAUUCAUUUCACUGUCAACGGUAAACCAACCUCAGGAUUAUUCAAAAAUUUCAAUAUUGAUGGCUAUUUUUUUCCUGUCAUGUCAUUAUCAGCUAAAGUGAGGUAA